AUGCAAAACCUCCAGCCUCUGAAGAUAUUGGCAUCUAAAAGCAUACCGAGAAUCGGUAGAAGAACAGAAAAUUCUGUCAAAGAUAAUGAUAAUGGUUGGAUGCCAAAAAUUUAUCAGGAACUUGUAAAAAAAAAUUUUUAUGAUCAAUAUUUUAAAGGCACAGAACGACCCGGAUGGAGCGAUUUAGAAAAAAUAAAUCAAGAUAUUCCAGGAGCUUUUCAACCAGAUGAAUCAUAUCCAGAAUCUGGAACUAUGCCUUCCUCAGAAUCUUAUUGGAAAAGAAUAAAAAAAGGCGAACAAUCGAUUGAAGAACAUUCAGAUGUGUAA